GCAGAAGCCGAAAACACCAGCAGCAGAAACCGAGAAACGCCGAGAAAAGAUGGUGGUAGAAAGCGAGAACUCAAAAACUUCAACAAACCCAGAAGAACUAUCCAGCACCGCUACUAAAAACCCUAGCCCUAACCCUAAGGAUGACGAGGAGUUGGAGGAAGGGGAGAUCGUCGGCGACAAUGAGCCGUCGAAGAAAUCAACGGAUGUGAUUCAUCAACCGCACCCGCUCGAACAUUCUUGGACCUUUUGGUUCGAUAAUCCCUCCGCCAAAUCAAAGCAAGCCACGUGGGGUAGCUCCAUGCGCUCGAUCUAUACUUUCUCCACCGUUGAACAGUUCUGGAGCCUCUAUAAUAAUAUACAUCAUCCAAGCAAGUUGGCUGUGGGAGGAGACUUUUAUUGUUUCAAAAAUAAUAUUGAACCAAAAUGGGAGGACCCAGUUUGUGCUAACGGUGGGAAGUGGACUUUAAUUUUUCCUAGAGGGAAAUCUGAUCAAUGUUGGCUGUAUACGCUGUUGGCAUUGAUUGGUGAACAGUUUGAUCAUGGUGAUGAAAUUUGUGGAGUAGUUGUUAAUGUCAGAUCUAAGCAGGACAAAAUUUCUCUGUGGACCAAGAAUGCAGCAAAUGAAACAGCCCAGAUAAGCAUUGGGAAACAAUGGAAGGAGUUACUUGAUUAUAAUGACACCAUAGGGUUCAUUUUUCAUGAGGAUGCAAAGCAUGACAGGUAUGCAAAGAAUCGGUAUACGAUAUGAGCUGUACAGGGAUUACAAGUAAUACUCCAGGAAUGAUCCAGUUUCUUGACACAGUAGUAGUGGGGCUUGUUUUCAUUUUAGGAAUCUGGAUCAACAUUGGGGCGGAUACUUCUUGUUUUGUUUCUUUAUGCUGUUUUUGCUAUUAUGAUAUUAGUAGUUACAUACACUAACACUAGCAGUGUGAUACUCUUUUUAACUGCAGAUUUUAGUUUGGCAAUGCACUAGUAUAUUUCUUAUA